CUCUUCAUCUUCCUCUUCGAAAUUGGCGGCCGUAAUAGCAGAGGCGAGCAAAAUCGAAAGGUGGGGAUUGUUUUUGUUGUUCCAGUGCUACAAAACCAAUAUGUCACUUUGGCGAUUUGAGGUCAUACUUGAUACUCCUGAGAAGUUUUCAAAAGUGCUUGUUCCAGACCGAAUGAAUAGAGAAGUGCAAGAAGUAUGGAACAAUUUUGAUAUUAAAGAUCGAGUGUUAAGUCUUCACCGGGAUACUGAGAGUAAGGUGUACCGUGUGCAGUUAAGGCAUUUGUUUACGGGUCAAAUGAAGUUCGAAACAUAUUUAAGAAGGGGCUGGAAUGAGUUCGUCACCUCAAACAACUUGAGAAUGCAUGACCGCAUCGUAUUAACCUUAGAAGACCAUCACAAAAUUCUGUACAUGGUUAGGAUUUGGCGAGGCAGUACAGAAAUCACUGUUGUGGACUCAUUUGUUCUAAUAGACAAUGAUGGUUCAAUAAGUGACAGUGAUAUUAUCUCUACUGAGUAUGUGCCCAGGGAGAUUUUAAUUAAGACACCUUUUUUCGAAUUCACCUUCUCCAAGGGUUACAUGGACAAACCUAAAAUUAACAUUCCGGUGUCCUUUGCCCUUGCCCAUUUCCAAGACCAUGAAGACCCGACAGAAGUUGAAAUGCAUGUGAGUAAGUGGUGGAAAGGAACAAUGCGAAUGAGUUUUGAUAGCAAACACAGGAUCAUGAGUUGCGACAUCAAAAAAGGAGUGACGGAACUGAUCAAGGGUGAAGGGGUCAAAGAAGGUGAAAAGGCUUUGGUUGAGAUGGAAGGUACGGAUCCUCCAUCGUUUACCCUUACAUUCACUUGAUCUUUCAUAGUUUGCAAGAUGGUUUAUGCAUGUAUUUUGGAUAUUAAUAGCAUUACAAUCAAAGGAUCAUUGGGUUAUGUUUCUGCGUAAUAGGACAAUAUCUUAAUGAUCUGUUCUACUUAUAAUUAUUAUUUUGGAGUUUUCAAUUGUAAGGUUUUGUACUACUAAUUAUAGAAGCUCGUGUGAUUGCAUUUUGAAACAUGAUCCUUUUAUUGAAUAUAUUUUGGGAGCUCCUAUAUUAUGGGAUACAGUGGUUCCAAUUGUUAUAGUGUUU